AUGCUGAAGGGCAUCUCCGAGCCAAUCGACAUUGCUACGACCAUCGAAAAGACCUUCAAACUGCGCCGACGACGCGAGGUGAGGACGCUGUUCUCCGAAACCCUGGACCGAAUCAGCACUCUGAGGAUCAAACGCGACAAGCGCGGCCUGGCUAUUUUCGUGCAACGCAACCUCGACAAGUUUCGACGACUCAAUGUGUCCUUACUGGACGGAUGCAACGCCCUGCUGAACGUGGACAACAUCGAAGAGUUUGAGUGGGUGGGCGAGUACGACUCUCUAGAUAGUUUCGAGACCAUGUUUGUGCCUGAACACAUGGAGACCCAAGAGGAGGCCCCUGUGGCGCCCAUGAACGCUCCCACGGAGACAUGCGAUAAAUCUCCACCAACUGAUAAACCCCCAGCACCGCAGACAUCCAUCACCGGCGCCACUUUGGCUGUAGCUGUCUCAGACUCGGACCGGAGUGCUUCGGGAGAACAACCUGCGACUCCUUCUGCUCCUGUUGCUGCUACACAACCGCCCUCGGGUACAUCUUUACCACCAAUACCAAUCGGAGCUCAAACUGCAAGCUCAAGUACAGGCCCAGCUGCAUCUUAUAGCUCCGCCAUACCUCCCCCUAGCAGUGGAGCAGCGUCCUUGUCUCGAAGCAGUACACCUGCUUCCAUACCCUCUGCAUCACCUGCUCCUCCUCUCGACCCAUCUUCCCCCACCUUGUCCCAGGGAACGCCGCCAUCCAUUCCCCCUGCCCUAGAAGGCGGCAACACUCGUACAAUGAAUGAAGCUCUCGUCGAGCGAACCAUUGCUCUGCGAGAAGCCAUACGCAGAAGCAGAAUUCCGCCCACAGCUCCCGCAGCCCAUGUGCGACCCUCUGCCGCAGUCCCUCCGGGUGCCGACGUGCUCCGUGCUUCCAUUGACAACCUCAUAAACCGUCGACUGCACUUGGGUACAAUCAUGAGCAAAACAACAGACCAGACCGAAAAGAAGAAGUUGAAAAAAGAACGCAGACAGAUGCAUCUUGCCAUUCGAGAUGCCGAAGAGUUUCUGGACAAGGUCUGCGCUGCUCGUCCAGAUACUAUGAACCAUGCUGUUGACACGAUACCCGCGACUACUACCAUUGCUGGUCGAACAACGCCGAUUCAGUGUACCACCUCGACUGGGACAUCUGGUAUUUCCGACUUGACCACUACAAUUCCACCUACAUGUAGUAGUCACACCGGCAUUUCGCAACCGCCAACGCACUCUCCAUCGCAACCGACAUGUCUACCCCCAUCUCGACCUGCAUCUCAACCCCCAUCUCGACCUGCAUCUCGACCCCCAUCGCAACCUCCAUCGCAAUCUCCAUCGCACCCGGCAUGUCGACUCCCAUCGCAACCCCCAUCGCAAUCUGCUCCCCAACAAACAUCCCACACUAUUACAAGUGCUGCUACUGCAGCUUCCAGCACUAGAAUGCCUACAACAAACCAACCCCCCAGUGCUGAGCCCAAGACAAUAAUCAACUCAGCUGUCGCUAGAUCGCAUGAAGCUUCUCAGAUUCCAUCCAGAUACGGAAGUGUGGAGGCAAGCCGGCCUGCCAAGCGACUCAGGUCCCAUGCAUUCCCUUGGGACUCUGACGACCUCAUAGAUCGUUUCCGACCCGACGGGCCCAAAGACAACAGUCCUGAAGAACGUCCUGAAGAACGUCCUGAAGCAGACUUAGUCUGGGGCAACCGUAGCACCCUCUACCAGUCUUACUUUGGCAAAACUACGGAUAAACCCAACAGGUAA